UAUUUGCUGAGAAAUCAGUGUGACGGGAACGUUUGAGCUGAGAAGUCGUUCAGUAGCCACCUGAAAUGUCUUCAAUAACACGCAUCUUGCUAAUUUUACUGGCCAUAGGCGGUGGUUUGGUGUAUAACCAGCUGCAACAACUGUGGGGCGAUGUGCCACCUCCCACUUUGGAUGCCCAGCAAUGGUGGGGAAAGGAUGCUUCGCCCAAGGACUACGACGUCUAUUUAGCGAGCACUUCGAAGGUGCUCGAGAGUCGUCUAGUGUACCCAAAAUCCACCAUAAAUGAAUUGAGGCAGCAACUUAAUCGCACUCUACGCCUGACGCCUCCUCUAAACGGUGUAGGGUUUCGAUAUGGCUUCAACUCGGACUAUCUGAGAGAAUUGGUCGCCUAUUGGCGGGAUGAUUACUUGCAGCGUUGGCGUGAACGUGAAGAAUUCCUUUGGCAAUUCAAUCACUUUACCACGGAAAUUCAGGGUCUGAGCACGCACUUCCUGCAUCUGAAGGUCAAGGAUGAGGACAAGGUGGGCAAGCAGCAUUAUGCAUUACUAUUGCUUCAUGGCUGGCCAGGAUCAGUGCGUGAGUUCUACGAGUUUAGUCACUUGCUGCAUCAAACUAAAUUGGAUCCGACAAACAAAUAUAUUUUCGAUGUGAUUGUACCCAGUUUGCCAGGCUACGGUUGGUCUCAGGGAUCUGCUCGUACAGGCCUAGGCCCAGCUCAGAUGACCGUCAUUCUGCAUAAUCUGAUGUUGCGCUUGGGCUACAAUAAGUUCUUCAUACAUGGCGGCGAUGUGGGCACUAUUGUGGGCUCACACAUGGCCACACUUUAUCCAGAAAAUGUGCUGGGCUUUCAUUCCAACAUGUGCACUAAUCUGAGCCCUAAGUCUCAGGUGAAAGCCUGGUUGGCCAAUCUGUGGCCAAGUUUGUUUGUAUCCAAGGAACUUGAGGAUUUCUUCUUUCCGAAAGCGAAGGAAGCUAGCUUCAUGAUUGAGGAGAGCGGUUACUUCCAUUUGCAGGCCACCAAACCAGACACCAUUGGCUCAGCUCUAAACAAUAAUCCUGUGGGUCUGGCGGCCUACAUUCUGGAAAAGUUCUCCACUUGGACAAAUGCCAGCUAUCGAGCUCUUCCUGAUGGCGGUCUGACACAACGUUACACUCUGGACGCCCUGUUCGACAAUGUGAUGAUUUACUAUCUGACCAAUUCAAUCACCACAUCGCAGCGCCUCUACGCAGAGUCAUACUCCAAUGCGCAGCGUGCACUGAAUCUGGAACGGGUGCCGACAGCUGUUCCAACCGGAUGUGCUCGGUUUAAGGGCGAUUUAAUGCAGUUCCUGGAUAUACAACUGCAGGACAAAUUUAAGAACCUAAUCCACAGCACCUACUACAGGAGAGGUGGUCACUUCGCAGCUCUAGAAGUGCCCAAGGUUCUAUAUGAUGAUUUUAUCGAGUUUGUUAAAAAAGUCGAACGUAAAUUUAACAUUAAAACAUUGUAAGUGAAUUGCAAAUAAACUGUAGUAUUUG